GCAAUUUUGCUUUAUAGGGUAAAGGCUAAGCUUAUCAUAAAAGAAUUAAAAUGUAUGAUUAUUUUGAAAGAAUUAUUUCAAGAUCUACAUUUGAUUCACCCAGUCAUAUGCUACUCAGGGACAAGCGAUGGGUAGAGGAAGUCGCCCAGAAAGAGGCGGCGAUGGCACAGCCGGUUAAGAGGCAAGCAGCAGGACAAGCAGCAGGAAAUGAUGAGAUUAAGGAGGAACAGGUUUUGGGUUUAAUUGUGAAAAGUGAUUAUAGUGAUAAAGACAAAUGCAAGAAAAAGCUCGAAGAAUAUUGUGCUGAAUUGAAGAAAAUAGAUGGAGAAUUAAAGAAUGUGGAUGUCAAAGUUAAGGGACUUUGUGAAAAUAAAGACAAAAAAUGUGGAGAUCUGAAAAAUAAAGUUGAUAAAGAAUUGACUGAUUUUAAAAAAGAAGUUGAAGAAGCAUUGAAUGACAUAACAGAUGAAAAUUGUAGAAAAUGUGAAGAAAAAUGUGUAUUAUUAGAAGAAGCAGAUCCAAGUAAUCUUGAAGAGAAAUGCGUUAAGUUGAGAGAUAGAUGUUAUCGACAGAGACGUCAAGGAGUGGCAAAAGAAAUUCUUUUAAGAGCUCUUAAAGAGAAGGUUAAUAAUAAAGAUGAAUGUAAAAAAAGAAUGAAAGAAAUUUGUCAAGGAUUAAGUGAAUAUAGUGAUGAAUUAGUGCUUAUAUGUUUUAAUUCAGAUAAAACAUGUGAAUACCUUAAAGGGAGUCAUCAAGAUAGUUGUAAACCUUUAGAGACGGAACUUGAAGAUAAAGAAUUAGUGGAAAAAUGUCAAGAAUAUCUUGAAAAGUGUUAUUUUUAUGGAUCAAGUUGUAGUAAUUCAAAAUGUAAAGAGUCUAAGGAAAAAUGUGGGAAAAAAGGGAUUGUAUAUGAAGGACCAAAAUUAGAUUUUAGUCCGGUUAAAGAAAAACCAAGAUUUCCGGAAAAGAUUGAAGUAGAAAAUCUUUAUAAAAGACUGGGAGCUAAAGGAAUUAUUGUUGGAAGACCAAAAUAUAAGACGUUGCAAGAUCUAAUAUUAUUGUUGAUCAAAAGAAGGAAUGGAAAUAGUCCAGAAGAAAAAUGUAAAAAAGCAUUAGAAGAUUGUGAAUCUUUUAAACACCUAGAUUAUGAAUUAGAACAAUUAUGUGAAGAUAAAGAUAAAGACAAUAAAUGCAAAGAAUUAGUAGAAGUAGAAGAUAGAUGUACGAAUUUAAAAUUAGAACUUUACCUAAAAGGAUUGUCUACGGAAUUUGAAGAAAGUAAUGAAUCAAAAUAUGUUUCAUGGGAAUAUGUACCAAAAUCGGUGACUAAGGAAGAUUGUAGAAAGUUUGAAUCGGAAUGUUUUCAUUUAGAAGGUGUAUGUACGAAUGAGAUUGGAAAAGCAUGUGAAAAUGUAAGAGUAGCAUGCUAUAAAAAGGGACAAGAUAGGGUGUUGAAUAGAUACUUUCAAGAAGGAUUGAAAGGGCUUAUUGGUGAUUUAGAAUUGGCUACUGAGAAUCUUGAAAAAUGUCAAAAAUCGGUAGUAGGUAAUUAUACAAAACUUAAGGAGGAUAGAAGAUACUUUACAAAGUGUCAUCUACCAACUAAACUAUGUUAUGAACUUUUAGAUGAUGUAAUUCUUCAAUCGGAAGAAUUAGAAGUAGUUUUAAAUUUGAGAAGAGAUUUUCCAAGCAAGGAAGAUUGUGUAGAAUUGAAGAAGAAGUGCAAAGAUCUUGAAAGUGAUUCAUAUUUGAAUCAUGAGAAAUGUGAUACACUGAAUAGACGAUGUGAAUAUUUAAAAGUUACAGAAGAAUUGAGGAAAAGAUUAUUAAAAAGAGGAGAUGAUGCAUUAAGAACUCAAGGAAAUUGUACGGCAGUAUUAAAGAAAGAAUGUGAGGAAUUAUCUAGAAGAGGAAAGGAUGAGUUUAGUGUUUCAUGUGCUUUACGAGAAGAAACAUGUAGUUUUAUGGUAGAACAAACAGAAAAUGAGUGUCUUUUUUUAAAAAAUAACAUAAACAAUGAAAAAAUUCUAAGUAAAAUUGAAAAUGGAAAAGGAAAUGAAACAUUGGUUGAAGAACUCUGCACGUUGUUUGAUCCAUAUUGUCAUCAAUAUAUAGAAAAUUGUCCAGAUAGGUUGAAAAAAGCAAACAGUGCGGGUGGAAAAGGAGUCUGUUUAGAACUGGAAGAGAAAUGCAAGCCAUUCUUUGAAAAGUUAAAAUUGGAGAAUGAGUUGACGCAUGAAUUGAAAGGUAGUUUAGGCAAAGAUGAUGAAUGUAAAAAAGCAUUGGGAAAGCAUUGUAGUGAGCAGAAAGAUCCAGCGAAUCAGAAAUUCAAUAGUUUUUGUAAUACUGAUAAAGAUAAGGGUGUUGAGGAAAAAGUUUGCAAAAAGUUGGUUGAAAAAGUAAAAAGAAAAUGUCCAACCUUAGAAGAUAAACUGGAUAAAGAGAAAGAUGAAUUAAAGAAGAAGAAAGAUGAAUACGAAAAGGUGAAACAGGAAUCAGAAAAAUUUACGAAGGAAGCUAAGUUAGUAUUAUCAAAACCUGAACAAGAUGGACAAGAUGGCAAUGCUCCUAAACCAGGGGGACCACCGGUACAGCCACCAGUACCAGGAGGAACACCAGGAGGCGUACCAGUACCAGCACCAACACUAGCACCACCAGCACCAGUACCAGGAGGAACACCAGGAAGCGUACCAGUACCAGCACCAACACUAGCACCAGGAGCACCAGGAGCACCAGGAGCACCAGGAGCACCAGGAACACCAGGAGCACCAGGAGCACCAGGAACACCAGGAGCACCAGCAGGGCCAGCAGCACCAUCAACACCACCAGCACCAGCAGGGCCAGCAGGGCCAGCAGGGCCAGCAGGGCCAUCAGGAGGAACACCAGGAGCACCAGCAGGGCCACCAGCACCAGGAGGAUCAACACCAAGUGGAACGACAAACACGAGUAAUGUUAUACUUGUUCGGAGAACAUUUGUAAGUGGAGAAGUAUCAGAACCAGAAAAGAAGGCAUUUGUUGCAACGGCGAGAGCAUUGGAAUUGUAUUUAGAAUUGAAAGAGAAAUGUAAAGGUUUACAAGGAGACUGCGGGUUUAGAAAGGAUUGUCCAGGGUGUGAAGCGGCCUGUAAAGAAAUAGACAAGUUGUGUGAAGGAAUAGAAGGAUUAAAAGUUACACCGCAUCAUACGGUGAUAUCAACGGCGACACAGACAACGACGACGACAGCAACGACAACGACGACGACGACAACAACAACGACGACGACGACGACGACGACAACGACGGCAACGACGACAGAGUCGGUAGAUGGAGGGAAGGUAACGGAAGAAUGUACAUUAGUUCAGACGACAGAUACAUGGGUGACGAGUACAUCGUUGCAUACGAGUACGUUGACAAGUACAUCUACAGUGACAUCAACGGUGACAUUGACGUCGAUGCGAAAAUGCAAACCUACGAGAUGUACGAGUGAUUCAAGUAAAGAAACAGAAACACAAAAAGAGGAAGAGAAAGAGGAAGAAGUGAAACCGAAUGAAGGAAUGAAAAUAAGAGUUCCGGAAAUGAUAAAAAUCAUGUUGUUGGGAGUGAUUGUUAUGGGAAUGUUGUAA